UUUGAUCACAGCAGAAUCAUGUAAAGCGUUGUGCUUCGCUUCUCUCAUUGUGGAGGAACUGAGGCCACACUCAGAAGGCGGUCGCGAUUGGUACUGCUACUGUGAUUUGAAGACUGACAUAUGAUGGUAAAAACCCAUGUUGUGCAUGACACAUGUGUGAACAUCGCGCUCAAGCCGAUGGCUUAUCCCCAUUGUGGUGGCUGGGUAAUCGCGAUGACGCCAUUCGCCACGUGCAUUUGGGCAUCUCAAAUUAUUUCCUUCGUACCCAACGGCAAAGUCAUCUUCCACAACACGUUACGGCAACGCUUGAGUCGUGAAAUACACAUCCCAAAUACAUCACCGACUGCAAAAUGAAGGCAUACUGGUUCGACAACCUCCCCGGCGACCAACGCCAACCCCAUGAUUCCGGUCGCUCGGUCGACCCAGACUACCUAGAAAAGCUUGGUGUCCUCUACUAUAGCGUACCAGAAGUUCCCGAUGUUGAACCCAUUGCUACGUCCCGCAACUACAAGAACCGGGACGAAAUCACUGUCAGCCCAGAGAAGAUGGGCGACAUUUACGAAGAGAAGGUGAAGUCGUUCUUCCACGAGCAUUUACAUGAGGACGAGGAAAUCCGAUAUAUUCUUGACGGUGCGGGUUACUUCGAUGUCAGGAGCGAAGGUGAUGACUGGGUGAGGAUUCGGCUCGAGAAGGGCGAUUUGAUUGUUUUGCCGCCUGGGAUUUACCAUCGGUUCACCACUGAUGAGCAGAACUACAUCAAGGCCAUGCGGCUGUUCAAGGAAGACCCAAAGUGGACGCCACUCAACCGGGGUGGCGAGACAGAUGACAACCCAUACAGGAAGCAGUAUCUGACAGAGUAUCUGAAGGCUAGACAGGGCGUCUCAGCUUAGUCUGAUAGCUCCUUGCGAACUAGAUCCCUUCUUUCUCUGGUAUGUUCCAAAUGACAUAUUCCUAGACUUUCUCUUACAAUCGAUUCGCCUG